AUGAGCUCAUCGCAAGCUACAUCUACGAUUCGUGGCCAGUGCCACUGUGGCCUAGUUACUUAUGAGUUUCCUCCUGCUCCUUCCAUGGACAUGGAGGCAUCAGACACACCCCAGUUACUCAAGGAUAAUAUUGUUCCCCCAUCCAAGCAGCAGUUUGCAGAAAGAAGUGGAAACGUCAACAAGUGGCGAGCUAGCCACUGCCAUUGCGGCGCUUGCAGGAGGACGGUUGGGGCGCUGAUGGUGGAUUGGGUCAACGUUCCUACGAAUGUGAUCAAGAUUACUCGCAAUGGGGAAACUGGGAGGUACAGGGCGUCCAACCACGCCACCAGAGAAUUCUGCAAAAAAUGCGGUACUGCUCUCUUUUUCUUGGACGACGAGGACACGGAGAUUGUAGACGUCAAUGUAGCGUCCAUCACCACCCCCAAUGUGUUUGACUACAUCGAGUACGGCGGUCACAUUUGGCUGGGGGAUGUCAAGGAUCUCGUUCUAGACGAGGACAAGAAGGGAGGAGGUCUUGCUGGAAUACUCAAUGACGGACUCCCCCGGACCACAGAGUCAAACGACGAGCCCAUGUCGGGGCCAGCGACCCAACAACCAGAAGAGACGCUUACAAUCUCUGUCGACGAUCAUGAGACGUUCAUGCAGCGACAUCUCCCGGAUCUUGGUCAGGAAGUUGAAGAUACGCAAGUGUUCAGCUGGCCGCUAUCAAAUUGGAAGAAGCUUGACCGCAAGAUAACGAGUCCAGAGUUCCCGAGAGUACUCCUUUUCCCAUUUGGCAAUGCCAGCGCCCCGCCAAACGAUUCCAUGUCGAUAUAUCUGGACUACGUACCACCCAAGAAUUCUGAAAACUGGCAUGCCUGCGCCCAGUUCGCGCUCGUCCUCUCAAAUCCAAGUGAUCCAACAAACUUUGUUGUUAGCCACGCCCACCAUCGAUUCGUUCCCGAGGAAUGCGACUGGGGUUUUACUCGAUUCUACGACUUACGCAAGCUGUUUCAAGCUCCUGAUCCAGCACGACAUCCCAUUAUCGAGAACGAGUCCGCCAUUGUGACGGUAUUCGUGCGCGUCCUCAAAGACCCUACUGGGGUCCUGUGGCACAACUUUGUAAACUACGACUCUAAGAAAGAGACUGGUUACGUCGGUCUCAAAAACCAAGGGGCGACAUGCUACAUGAACUCGCUUCUUCAAUCACUAUACUGCACCCGUUACUUCCGCAAGGCCGUGUAUCAAAUCCCAACAGAAAACGACAUCGCAUCGGAGAGCGUUGCUCUCGCAUUACAACGUGUAUUCUACGGACUGCAGACGUCUGAUCAACCAGUUGGAACCAACGAGUUGACCAAGUCAUUUGGAUGGAAAUCUCUCGACUCUUUUAUGCAACACGACGUUCAAGAGUUUAAUCGAGUCCUGCAGGACAAGCUCGAGUCCAAGAUGAAGGGUACAGCAGCUGAAGGUGCGAUCAAUCGCCUCUUUGUCGGAAAGAUGAAGAGUUACAUCCGUUGCGUCAAUGUCGACUUUGAAUCGUCGAGAACGGAGGAGUUUUAUGAUAUCCAGCUCAACGUGAAGGGUAUGCGCAACCUUCGCGAGUCCUUCCAGGACUACGUUGCCGUCGAGACUCUCGAGGGAGACAACAAGUACCAAGCGGAAGGACACGGCCUUCAAGAUGCAAAGAAGGGUGUGAUCUUCCAAUCCUUCCCCCCUGUCCUUCAUCUUCAACUCAAACGCUUCGAGUAUGAUAUCCAGCGAGAUGCGAUGGUCAAGAUUAAUGACCGUCAUGAAUUCCCAUUCGAGAUUGAUCUCGAGGAAUUCCUCGACGAAACCGCCGAUCGUUCUGAGCCACACGUCUACAAGCUCCAUGGUGUCCUGGUCCACUCUGGAGACCUCCAUGGCGGACACUAUUUCGCUCUCAUCAAGCCGGAUCGAGAGACUCGAUGGCUAAAGUACGACGACGACCGCGUAACCCCCGUCACAGACAAAGAGGUGCUAGAAGAUAACUACGGCGGAGAAUCUACCACUGGUUUAUUGCAGCACCAACGGCAACAAGUACGCACGUUGAAGCGUUUCACCAAUGCGUACAUGUUGGUCUAUAUUCGCGAGUCAAAAUUGGACGAAGUCCUCGGCCCCUUGGCAGAGGCUGACACUCCUGUACACCUCAGGAAAAUGAUUGAGGAAGAGCAACGGCAAGCCGAGCGUAAGAAGAGAGAACGCGACGAGCAGCACCUCUAUCUCACUGUCAAGAUUAUCACGGACCAGAGUUUCCAACAACACCAGGGCUUUGAUCUUGCCACAUUCGAGGACAAAAAUUGGCCCGCAUCCGAAGUUCCGACGUUCCGUGUCCUUAAACAAGAGACAUUUGUCAAAUUCAAAGCAAGAGUCGCACAAAGCGUGAACAUUCCGCCUGAUAGGAUUCGUCUCUGGGUUCUCGUCGGUCGUCAGAACAAAACAGUGCGACCAGACGUCCCUGUUCCGGAUCAUGACGCCUCCAUGACAAUGGAGAUGGUUCGCAACACGAUGGCGGUCCGAUCUGCUGAACUCAGAUUGUUCCUCGAUAUUCGCUCGGAAGUCGAAAAAGUUCACCCUGAGCCAAAUGGAAACACUUUGAUGAUUUUCCUCAAAUACUUUGAUGCUGCGAAGCAACAACUGUAUGGUGUAGGAAAGAUUUACGUUCAACGACAAAUGCGAGUUGGAGACCUCUCUGGAAUAGUUUGCGAGAAGAUGCGCUGGCCUAGUUCGACACCCCUUAGGUUUUUCGAGGAGAUCAAGCCCGGGAUGAUUGAACUCAUGAAGACCAAGGCGACAUUUGCUCAAAGCGAGAUUCAAGACGGCGACAUUAUCUGCUUCCAGGUCGAACUCUCUGACAAGGACGUAUUGGAUCUCGAGAGCCAAGGUCUCUCUGCUUCGCCAGUCUCAUUCUACGACUUUUUGCAAAACCGUAUCAUCAUCCACUUCCGACCCAAGGACGAGCAGAGCAUUGAGGAAGGCUUUGACCUCACGCUCAGCAAGAAGAUGACUUAUGACAUGAUGUCGCAAAAGGUCGGAGACUAUCUCAAGCACGACCACCUCAAAUUGCGCUUUACGACCACUCAGUCAAACGGGCAACCAAAGCAAGUCCUCAAACGAGCGCUUAAUCAAGCCGUUUCCGAAAUUAUACAGCCAACUUAUCUGGCUCAUCAAACUCCAACCAUCCUCUACGAGUUGCUGGAUGUUCCAAUAUCCGAGUUGGAAACGAAGAGAAGCUUGAAAAUUGUGUGGACUGGUCUUCACAACAAGGAAGAAGGCGCCUUCCCCUUCUUGUUACCAAAGACGUACACAGUCGCCGAGUUGGCAGACCAAGUCAUUAAGAACGUAACGCUCUCACCCACUGGCACGGGUAGAAUACGUUUGUUUGGCAUCUCUAAAGACGGCAAGCGACAAGAAGAGUUGAGUGGAGGCGAGAUGAUUGGCAAUCUCUCCGAUGCUGCCGAGCUCUACGCAGAGGAAAUUCCUGUCGAGGAAGCCCAAGCAGACGAGGCCGAUAAGGUCAUUUUUGCUUAUCAUUUCUACCGCGAGCCCACUCGUGCACAUGGUGUGCCCUUCCGAUGUGUAUGCAAACCGAACGAAACGUUUGCCGAAACGAAGAAACGGCUAGCGGCGCGACUCCAGGUUCCAGAACGUGACUGGGCAAAGUAUAGAUUUGCUUUGAUACAAGAAGCUACGUUCAAGCAGCCAACGUAUAUCAACGACGAGGAUUGCUUGUAUGAUCACAAGUUUUUGUCAGACGAUGUGCUUGGGCUCGACCAUAUGGACAAGUCUGGGAAACGUACGAAUGGAGCUUAUAAGAACGAGGCGCUCGUUAUCAAGGGAUAA